AUGAAAGACCCGCGCACCGCAAAGCGGAGGAGGGUAUCCGAUGCCUCCCUAGAUGAGGAUGGAGAUACCACGAUGCAGGAUAAUAAAACACCCCAAAAGGACGGAUCAAUCGAGGCAGAAAGCGCAACCCCUUCGAGGCCGGGGUUGCGGUCGAGCGGGCGACAACGAAAAGCGCCGCAGAGGCUCGAGGAUGAACCGCCUGUGCGCACACGGUCAAUUCGAAAGGCACGAGCUACACCGAAGGCGGCGCCGGCUUCUACGUCUGAGUCUGCGUCUAUAGCUGCGGAUACAGCUAUGGAUACAACUGCGGAUGCGGGUACGCCGACUCGGUCAACGUCUGAAACUGUGCGCCCGCGUCAACAGUCACCGCAUGUCUCGGAGACGGACGAGGAUGAUGAUAAUAACUAUGAAGAAGAGUCGGCGGCUGGGUCGCCGGAGCCUCGUGCGAAGAGACCUACGAGGACGAAAGCGAAAAGGGCUUCUGUGCGGUUUGCGGGGGCUGGGAAGGACGAUGCUCGCAGGGAUAGAGAGUCGCCGUCUCCGGACAAUUAUCAGGAUGGAUUGGAUGAUCUGGUCCGUAUGCAGCUACAACAUGACCUUGUUCCAGAACAGCCAAAUGGGCAGGAUGAAACCCCACCAGAGGAGCCUCUGCCUCCGUAUGCUGAGCAGUUUCAGCAAUUUGUUCGCAAUGGCUAUGCGGGAGAAGUACAGUUGUUGACAAAGAUUUUAAUUGAGAAACUGAACGGGAAAAGGCUCGUCCCGUUGCAAGGACUCGAAAGUGAGUAUCACAAGGUGCAUCAUCUUCUCGAGCAAACUGUGACGGUUGGUGAGGGCAAUUCGAUGCUUGUUCUUGGAUCGCGCGGAUCAGGGAAGACAGCCAUCAUAGAAACCAUCGUCUCGUCUCUGGCUAAAGAGCACAAGAAUGGUUUUCAUGUCGUCCGGCUCAAUGGCUUCUUACAUACGGAUGACCGGCUGGCACUACGUGAGAUAUGGCGGCAGCUCGGUCGUGAGACUAAUACAGAAGAUGAGGCAGGGAAGGUGACCAGUUACGCAGACACCAUGGCUACGCUUCUUGCGCUACUCUCACACCCGGAAGAGCUGCAAGGCUCUUCGGGCAACCAGGAUGGGACAACGACGGCGAAGUCAAUUGUCAUCGUCCUUGAUGAAUUCGACCUGUUCGUCACACACCCUCGUCAGACGCUACUGUAUAAUCUGUUUGAUAUCGCGCAGGCCCGGAAGGCUCCAUUGGCAGUGCUCGGUGUUACCACGAAAGUGGACGUGACGGAGAUGCUAGAGAAGCGAGUCAAAAGUCGGUUCAGUCACAGAUCUGUUUAUGUUCCGCUGCCGAGGACGUUCGAGGUAUUUUCCGAGGCCUGCCGUGCCGGGCUGGAUCUCGAGGACAAAUACGUGGAGCCGCCAGAAGGCUUCGGGGAGGAGGACCUAUCAAUCGCCAAGUCGGACAGCUGGAGGGCAGCUCUGGAAGGGUGGAGGGCGUAUCUGCAGGGACUGUGGGCCGAUCCGUCAUUCCAAACGCACUUACGCCGGAUAUAUCACCAAACGAAGUCGGUCAAGGAAUUCUUCACAAGCGCACUGAUUGCCAUCACGGAACUCCAUCACAGCUCUACCACCCCAUCUGUCCAAGUCCCCACCCCCGGCACACUCUCAGACAACCCUCUCUCCUGCCCCGAUCCCGCACCGCUUCCCUUCUCGGCAUCCAUGACCGCGUCCUCAAGCCCCUCGUCCCUUCCCCUCUCCCUCCUUUUAGCGGCGACCCGUCUAACAGCACUAUACGACCCGGGUCUCGAACCCACCCAGGCCCAAGACCUUGCCCCACUAGCCCUAUCCUUCCCCGCCGCAUAUGCGGAGUACGUCCGACUCCUCACGUCGGCCAAAACGUCGGCCUCUGUGUCCGGAGCGUCUGUGACGCCCGGCCGUGUCUGGGGCCGCGACGUGGCCCGCGAAGCCUGGGAACGGCUCGUGAGCUGGGGACUCAUCAGUCCUGUUGGUGGAGGUAGUGGCACCGCAGACGGUCGCAUGUUCCGCGUGGAGAUCAGCUUCGAAGAGGUAGUCGACAUGGCCGGGACUGGAGGAUCUCUGGGAAGGUGGUGGCGUGAUGGUUAA